CCGGACUGACUGUGUUUGGAGAAUCCUCCCUUGUUUCUGGAGCAAGAGGCGGGUCUUUGGAAAGCAGGAAUGCGCUGGAAGUUUUCCUGCAAGCUCCCUUCACAUGUUGAAGAGCGUCCGACCCGCGUCUCAAUAUGGACAUGUGGCCGCUGGUGCUCCUGUUUGUCCAGCUGUGCUUCUGCGCCGGGUACGAAGGGUCAGGACAUUACGCCUAUGGAGACGAUGAGGACUGGUAUUCUCGUAGAUAUAAAGGGACCCCAUGGUGCGCACCCAUUAAGGUGAAACAUGGUGACGUCAGCUGUCGCACCCCGAGAGGAGAACACUACAGGAACGUGAUGGGGACACGCUGUAAAGUCCGCUGCAAGCAGGGAUACGAGGCCCAGAGCUCAGAAGUGGUGUGUAUGGCCAGCAAACACUGGUCUUCUAACUACGCCUGCCGAGAGAUCCGCUGUCCCAAGCUGGACAUGCCCAAUAAUGGCGGCUACAAAUGUUCGGACGGCUCCUACUUCAACUCUCGUUGUGAGUUCUUCUGCGCCCCUGGAUUCAAUCUGAAGGGCCAGAAGACGUCAACCUGCCAGCACAACAAGGCAUGGAGUGCUGGAGUCCCCACUUGUGUUGAUAUGGAUCCUCCAAAAAUCAAGUGUCCUAAUCUGAAGGAUAAGUGGGCAGAACCAGGAAAACUGACGGCAAGGGUGACCUGGGACACACCGGAGGGUGUGGACACUGCAGAUGGCAUCCUUACAGAUGUUAUCCUGAAAGGGAAACCUUCAAAAUCAGACUUCACAGAGGGGCUCCAUAAGAUGUCCUACACUGUGUUUGACCGUGCAGAGAACAAAGCAUCUUGCCGCUUCACUGUCAGAGUGCGAGUGCGCCGCUGUAACCCACUAUUUCCCCCUGACAACGGUUAUAUGAAGUGUGACAGUGACAAAGACAAUUAUGGGGCCACUUGUGUGUUCACCUGCACCGGUGGCUACGAGCUGCAGGGCAGUGCUGCCAGGGUGUGCCAGUAUGGACUCACCUGGUCUGGAACAGACACCACAUGUGCAGCCAUGAACAUCAAUGUGGGAGUGCGUACAGCUGCUGCACUGCUGGACCAGUUCUAUGAGAAACGGCGGCUCCUCAUUAUCUCGGCCCCUACAGCUGCCAAUCAUAAUUAUCGCUUCCAGAUGACUAACUUACAGCAUGCCCAGUGUGGACUGGACCUGAGGCAUGUGACUGUAAUUGAGCUGGUUGGGACUUACCCUGCACAGGUUGGCCGAAUUCGACACAGGCUGCUUCCCCCAGGGCUGGCCCUGCAAAUCAGGUUACUGCUCCGGAUUUCACAAAGGUCUUUCCACAUGGUGUUGAUAGACAAGCAGGGCAUGGACAAGCAGCGCUACCCAUUCCCAAUCACAGCGGCUGAAUUAUUCACCACCAUUGACACCUUCCCCAUCCGCAAGGAUGAGAUGGUGCUACAGCAGGAGGCAGGCCAGACCUGCCAAUCAUAAAACACGCCGGGCGUUCAGUGCACUUCCAUGGACUCUCAUCUUUGAUCCUUUUCCUUCCUCCAUCACAGCAGACGGGACUGACUCACAUGUCCCUUUUUUCUCUACAUGUCACACAUUCCUACCUGAACUCAGUCAGCCCAAUAUCCAGAAGUUACAAGUAUGUGUGUGUUUGUAUGCGUCUAUGUGUGUGUGUGUGUGUGUGUGUGUGUGUGUGUGUGUGUGUGUGUGUGUGUGUUUGUGCGCGCGCGUGCGUGUUUGUGUGUGUGUGUGUGACAUCAAAGGUCGGGAUGUCAGCCAUGGUGCUGAUUUGAAGCAAGGAGAUUCAUCGAAAGCAGUUAGUAAAUGAAAUGGGUCAUACAGUACAUUACAAUCAUAUUGAUUCCUGUGUCUUGUCCAUCUGUAUGUUUUAUUAAUAUUAUUAUUAUUAUUGUUUUCAAAGCAGAAAUAUGUUUUGUACAAAAAGUCUUUUACUGUAUGAACUGGAAAGCUCUUUGCCUGUCUAAUAUUUAUGUCCCACUUCUCUAAUAAUGAUGUAUUCUGACACUCUCUGGAAUACUGUGUGUGUAUUGUGUACUGUAGAGGACAAUGAUGCUGUUCUGUUGGUACGCUGUACAUCCACGCCUGAAUUAACAAGACACUGAUUAAAUAUGUCUAUCGCGGAGGAUGUGAUCUUCAGUGUGUGUCGAUGUGCAUGCAAGAGAUCUGAGGCGAAAAUACUGGGCAGAAAACAGAGAAAGUGAAGAAAGGGGGAUGCACUG